AAUAAAAAAUUUGAAAUCUAAGAUUUGGUAUAGUAGAAUAGAAAUACAAAAUAAUAAUUUAUCAUUUUAUGGUAGACCAAUCUAAUGUUUAAUGGUGCAUUGUAUUAAAAAUGAUGUACUUUCUAAAUAAAGACCAAACUACUAUUAAUGAAAACUCUAGCUAGUGCUGGGCAAAAAAUCCGAACCCGAAAAAUCAAACCGAACCCGAUCCGAAAAAGUAGCACCGAACCCGAACCGAAAUUGAUUAAAUAUCCGAACGGGUUCAAAAUUUCGGUAUUUAAAGAACCGAAACCGAACCCGAUCCGAACCGAAAUAUUUUGGGUACCCGAAUGUAUCCAAAAUAAAUUUAUAUACUUAAAUAUAUACAUUACUUUUAUAUAUAAUGUAUAUUAAAAAUAUUAAAAAUAUAUAAGAUACCUUUAAAUUUUCCAAAAUACUCGGAAAAUAUAUGCAAAUAGUCAAAAGUAAAUGUUUAAAAUAGCUAAAGUAUACUGAAAACACCAAAAUAGUUAAAUAUCUAUUGAUUAUUUAUCCAAAUAUUCAAAGAAAACCAAUUUAUAUGUUAAAUUAAGUUAUUUUGACAUAUAUGUUAUGAAAAUUUAUAUGUAAUAUAUUAUCUUUCUUAUAGAUUUUGAAAAUUUAAAGUAUAUAAUAAAUUUUGAAAAUUUAAAAAAAUUUUAAAUGGGUUAUCCGAACCCGAACCGAACCCGUAAAGAUCCGAACCGAACCCGAACCAAAAUUUAGAAAUAUCCGAAUGGGGCUGAAAUCUUUGACCCCGAAAACCCGAAACCCGAAUGGACUGAACCGAAACCCGAAUGGGUACCCGAACGUCCAGCCCUAACUCUAGCCAUAAUAUAAAUCAGUGUCAUUUUCAUAAUAUACCAAGUAACUCAAAAAUUAUUUUUCUAUGUUGAUUUUGUGUUAAUAAGAUAGAUGCAUAUAUGUAAUAGUUCAUUAUAACUUUUUAUCAAAGUAAAGAAAAAUAUAACCAAGUCAUCUUGAUUUGUGAUAAAUGGGUUUCAACUGGAACUUCUGUAUUGGGUUGGAUUUGCCUUAAUCAUCUAACCGUGCUAUUUUGAUAGAUUAGUUAUGUAUCCGAUUCAUGCAUCAUGAGAUUUGUUUUUGGUAAUAGAAAACUUUUAAGAUCUAUACAGUUAUAAAAAAUAAAUAAAAUAAACAAUAAUCUUACUUUAAAGUAUAUCCUGGAUUUAUAUAUUCUCAAAAUGAAUAAGAAAAAUAUCAAGUAACCAAACAGAAAUUAAAAUCCAAGAUCAUUAAAAUAAAAAAAAAUUUGUGACUACAUUCUCAGUUUGAUUCCAGUAUCCAGUGUUCGUUUGGAUGUUUUUUUUUUUUGCUAAAUUAUAAAUAUUUUAAUCAUGUUAUCUAAUAUUUUAAUCGUUUGGAUGUUAUACAACUUAUAUCUAGAAAAAAAUCUAGAGAACUUGCCUGACAAGUUCUUACGUGACCAUAUAGGUCAACAAGGUCACAAAUCAACGUAGGCCAGGUCGUCUACGCGGACAAAAGAGCAGUUAGCACUUCUCCCGUUGCUUUCGUCGUUGCGUCGUUACAUUUGUUUUACUUUUUAACCACAUACCAAACAAUACUAACUAUAACUUUUUGCUCGUUGUCUUCAGCCAUGACCGCUAAGAAAGCUGUGUUGCAAUUGAGUGUCCACGAAGAGAGAAUCAGGAAGAAAGCGUUUGUGACCGUUUCUCGAUCUCCAGGGGUCUCUUCGAUAACAAUGGAUGACAAAACCGGGAAAAUGACAGUAGUUGGAGAAGUUGAUGUACCGGUUCUCGUGAUGAAGCUAAGGAAACUGUGUAAUGCCGAAAUCGUUUCGGUUGAAGUUGUUAAACCACCUGAGAAAAAGCCUGAACCGGCGAAACCGGAUCCAGCUAAACCGGCUGAAAUUGUCGCCUAUCCGGUUACGCAUAUGAACUACUCGUACCAGUAUCAUUCUUCUUAUGCGAAUUCGCAUUAUCAGCCAUUCGGCAAUUCUAGAGUUGUGGUGGAGGAACCAAACACUUGUGUGCUUAUGUGAUUUAACUAGCUAGAAUUAUUUUUAAAAUAAUGUUAGUUGUGCAAUACUUAGUUUUGAUGGGAGAGUGUAUUUUUGGUGGUACUGUGCAAUGUACAUUACUCAUAUGACCUUAGAAUUAUGUUAGUUGUGCAAUACUUAGUUUAAAAUCCACAUUAAUUCAUAAAAUAUACAAAUUACUCAUUAUUGUUA